ACAAUUUCCUCUUCCUAUUCUGUCACUGACCGGCUGUCGACGACGUUGUACUCCACAUUGCCGUCGGUAUUUUUGAUAACCUUUAAAUUUUUACUUCUUCAAAUAUGGCAGAACCACGUGAAAGAACCUUCAUCAUGGUAAAACCCGAUGGCGUACAGCGCGGUCUCGUCGGCACCAUCAUUGAACGUUUCGAAAAGAAAGGCUUCAAACUGGUAGCUCUGAAGUUCGUGUGGCCCUCAGAGGAACUUCUGCAGAAACACUACAGCGACCUUUCUGAGAGACCUUUCUUCCCCGGUCUAGUGAACUACAUGAGCUCUGGUCCCGUCGUGCCCAUGGUAUGGGAAGGCCUUAACGUAGUUAAAACUGGACGUCAAAUGCUCGGUGCUACAAACCCAGCUGAUUCUUUACCCGGUACUAUUCGUGGUGAUCUCUGCAUUCAAGUUGGCCGCAACAUUAUCCACGGAUCCGACGCCGUAGAGUCUGCUAAAAAGGAAAUUGCUCUCUGGUUCACUGAAAAGGAACUGGUUGGCUGGACCCCAGCUGCUGAGAACUGGGUUUACGAAUAAGUUAUUUAAAUGUGUUAUUCCAAUUAUCAUGUAAGCUUCACUCAAUAAAAUAUUAUAAAUUAUA